CUUUCCUUGAGAUCCCAACAACAGCAACUUGUCCCUUCCAGGCCCCCUUUGUUUCCUCCGCACUCUUUCUCUCGUGCCAGCAGACCGACCAUGCGACCGGAUGGCCCUCGUGAUCCUGUAACCGGGCCUGAUGGAGGCCCGGAGUCUCCCUAUCCCAUCCGCCUGGCCGGCCCGGUGAUCAAGGGCUUUGGGCGGGGCAGCAAAGAGUUGGGUAUUCCCACCGCCAAUAUUCCGGCCGAGGGCCUCGCUGCAUAUCCGGACCUGCAGGUGGGCGUCUACUACGGAGUAGUGGCCUUGGAUCCGGCCCGAUUCGCUUUCGAGGAUGCCUCGUCGCCGAUCCGACCGGCCGUGUUGAGCAUCGGGUACAAUCCCUUCUACAAGAACCAGACACGGUCGAUCGAAAUUCAUAUCAUGCCAUCUCUCUCGGCGCCGUCACCCACCGCGGACGGCGGUCCCACGAAAUUUCACAAGCUCCCGGAUUUCUAUGGCACAGACCUGCGCCUCUUGAUCUUGGGAUACAUCCGACCAGAGUACGAUUAUGUAUCACUUGAGGCAUUGGUGGAGGAUAUUCGCCUGGACUGUGAGGUGGCGCGCCGAAGUCUGCAGCGGCCAGCAUAUGCGUGUUAUCUGGCCGGGGAAGAAUGCGCGGAGGACCAUCUUCGACGACGUCGAAGUAGUUCUUCUGGCACAAUCCCGCUCCAAUCACCCCCCGGUGUUGACCGACGUCGCAAAGAUACAGACACUGGUGCGCCCCGGCGGCUGUAUCUGACCUCCGAUACUACCGAAUUCGACGCCGGCAUCCUAGCCCGGCUCCGUGCAGAGGGUUUCGAUGUUGAAUAUUUGCCCUUCCCUGGAAGACAUCACACAGACCGCGAGCGAGAUCGAAAAGACCUCGAGUAUCUCCUACAUGAACGGGAGGAUGAUCUAGAGCCUGGGGAACGAUAUGCCGUGGUCGCCUACAACAAGCCGGCCUCACUGCUUCUCGAGUCUCACCAUCAACCAGCAACAUCCACCAACCCCUUCCCCCGACUUUGCGCUCUGGUAGCCUACUACCCCCAUGACUUCGACAACUGCCUCGACCACCUGUCCAUCAACACAAAUGGCAGUCCCAUCAGUAAAGUCCCUACCGCUCCUGCAAAUGCCAACACGACGACCUCUUCCUCCACUGCGCCGACGACCUACCCUCCAUCGGUAACCCUUCUUCCCAUCCAGAUCCAUCUCGCCGGAGACCGCUGCUCAGCCGGCUUCGAAUCCUCCGCACCCACCCAUACCCGCAAGCGUCACCGCUGCCACUCCUUCUUCUACCCGGAGUCCCACGCCGGGUUUGCGGAGCCCUCCUCGCCGAACUACGACGGCAUCGCCGCGCGAUUAGCCUGGUCGCGAGCUCUCGAGACCCUGAAACGCGGAUUCGGCUGGCACGGCGCGGGAUGGAAGGUCCCGGACGUGGAGAGCGUCUGGGAGGAAUAUUGGCGGUGUCUGGCGGCGACGUCGGAGUCUGGCACCGGGGCCGGCGAGCAACAAAACUCGUCUCUUGCGGUGGCAGAUGAGCGAGAACGCCUGGCAGCCCACAUCGUCGCGUUGAUGGUAGGGAGCAGUAGUGGAGUGCAGUUGAACGCACCGGGCCCCAAUGAUGACGACCAUACCUCUCUGGGGACUCCAUUGGUGAAUUGUGUGCCGACUAUGAUGGGAGGCACCACCCCCAAAUCCCUGACCCAUUUUUUCACCUCCCAGUUCCUGCCGACGGGACCCCCUGAUCAGCGGAUUCGCCUCCUCUCACGCACGACCGGCGCGGAUCGCAUCGUCGAUGAGCUGCAUUUUUCGUUCACCCACAGCGAAGAAAUCCCGUGGUUAUUACCCUCGGUCCCGCCGACGGGUCGGCCCGUGCGCAUCGCCCUCGUCAUGACGGCGAGUUUCUGCGCGGGGAAAGUCGCUCGUCUCAAUGUUUAUUGGGAUCAGGCGAGUGUCUUGGUGCAGAUUGGCUUGUUGGAUCCAGCGCGGUUGCCGGUGGUCGGGGCAGAAGGGGUGGAGAGGAUUACUGUCUGA